CCCUCAGCCGCACGAGAGCGCUGCCGCGCGGGCCGUCGCGCGCUGCUGCGGUUCUUCACCCUGCCAUGGUGCGGAGGCAGCGCGUGUCGCCGUUCCCGCCGCUGGGCCGGCGCCCCCCCGCAGUCAAAGCUGGAGGUAUGAGAGUGUCUAAAAAGCAAGCAAACGGACCAGUUGAAAAAAAUGCUAAACCUCCAGGAAAAGAAAAGACAAGUGCUAUUGCCAGUCUUUCAAAAACUCAGAACAUGGGUGUCUUGCUAGCAGGUGUGCUGAGCAAACCCUCAAAACACCUUACAGAGAUGGGAAUGAUUGAAGCCAAACAGAUUUCAGUAAAUGUUGAUCGGUUCAACAUAUUGGUAAACUUGACGACGUCACGCAGUCUGUUUGACGGCCGGAGGAAGACAUACAUGCUUUGCUGGACUUCUCUGCAGGGAUGAAUUUCCUCUUGGGCAAGGAAGAGUCUCUACCUUUAAGCAGUUGACACUCCCAAGUCUGGAGGUGCUCAACAGAGCUAUUUGGGAAUUUGGCAGCGUGCAACUUUGAACUGGUCUGGAAUGAACUACACUAUAUGCUGUUAAGUGUACAGACUGAGGCCUGAAUUCAGAGUAUGCCAGUUGUGACUUUUGCGUGAAACUGCUGCAGAUGAAAUGGCAAAGAAACGACACGUGGCAAAUCUGGGAAGUUACAAUAGAAGAGAACUAUAACAAAAGACUUAAUAAAUCAAUAUUAACUGUUGUUUAAAGCCUGCAUCCCUUCCAAGGUGUACUUGUUCAGCCUGUUCCUCGAAGUAGUAUGCACAGAUUUGCAAAUCGUUUCAAGCACAGUAACCUCUCCCUGGUGUACAAAACCCCAGAGUGCUGGUAACUGCUAACACACAUAAGCACAAGCAUUUACUGAGCUCAUCUUUGGUUUCAGUGGUAGAGGAGUAUAUUUCUGCGAUGUAAAACAAAAAUCCUUGCUAUGCCAGCAUUCUGCAGAAUACAUUAUUGGACCAGGCAUGUAUGUUUUCAGUAAACUCUAAAGGCACUUUGACUUCCCUGGUGAAACCGGUCAUAGUUUUCCUUUAUUCAGCAAAACCAUGCAGAGAACAAUGAUUCAACGUAAUGGCAUGGUUGUUAUUCCUGUCAAACUUGGCCAAGGAUUCUACUCCUGGCCAUUAUUCCACUCUUGCUGAAUUUUAAUGUAAAACUUUUAGAUAAUUUUAGUGAUAAUUUUCAGUCUAGCAUUUCAUUUAUAACAGGCUACCAAUGUUUAGUUCAUUCUUCAAUGGCAGGACUAUUAAAAUUCUGAAGUCUGAGUAUUGCUGCCUCUCCAGCUAAGAGAGACUCUCCAACUAACAGAGACUCUCCAGUUGUUUGCUAACAUUUAACAUUUUAUGGAGGUUUAUGACACACAUCAAGAGGAGCUUAAGAAAUUUCAAUAGUUCUUAAUUACGAUGUGUAUACUACUUUUGCCACAAGAGGUUGCUAUAUGCCUACAGCUUUUUCAGGGUCUGCCAGCUGAGCUAGCCUCAGAAAACACAGCUAUUUUCUUACAAGGAAGUAUAUUUUAAUCAGCUGAAAAAGUUUCAAAGAAAAAAAUUAAUAGAUUAGUUUAUGAAAGCAUCAUUUGGUAUUUCACAGAGGGCAUGACUCCCUAGAAGUUGUAAAGAUACAAAGGGCAUAACUUGGUGGUAUCUGAUUGCUUAUCCUUCCUACACUCUCUCUGUUCAUAGCUGUAGUCAAUUAGAAAUGAAACAUAGAACAAGGAACAGGGUGAAGAACAUGCUAUAUUGGUAUCAGGUAAAUUUAGAUGGUUAAUUAAGAUUUGCUGGUUUUGUAGAUGCUUUCACAGUAUGUUUCUAAAUGUGGUCACUGCAGAACAAAUUAAUUGCUUCAUGAACCAGGCAAGAUUAAAAAGCUGGAUACAGCAUUUCAUAUUCAACAGUUACGUAUAAAGGGUUGAAAUUUUUCAAUGGCCUUCACUUAUACACAGUGCUUUUCUCUUGUAUUUUGGGUUUACUUCUGGUGAUUAAUUCAGAAGCUACUUUAUAUAAAAAGUGAAUGAUUAAGACUUUUCCUAAGAUACUAUAAAAAAAGUUUUAUAUAAUAGUUGCACAGUAUGUAUACCAAAAUAGAACAGUCACUAAAAUGAAGAUUGACUUUAAAAUUUGAAUCCAACCUUCUACUUUCAUUGUUCAUAACUUCCUUAAAUUCCUUCUAGUUUAAAUUUUCCAUAUUUGGUAUGUUUUUUAAAGUUAAAGAGUUGGAGCGAAUUCUGAGCUAUCUUUAAGCUACACAAGCCUGAAAUAUUUGUUCUUUGUAUGUUACUAUCAAGAAACAUCAAAAACAAUGAAAAGCAAGAUCAUUUAUUAAACAAACACCUGAAACUGAAAACUUUUAACUUGGUUUAUUCUAUGGAUCUCGGCCUUAAAAAGUAAAACAAGUCAAAAAGCCAAAUUUAGAAUGAGAUGGUUUUGUUGGAGCUGUUCACAGAUGCCAGUCAGAACUGG